ACUUCACUCUCUCCUCUUUGUUUGGCCAGCGAAGAGCACACAGCGAGAGAGAGCGAGAGAAAUUCUGAGAUUUCUGCGAGAGAUUUCUCCCUACAGUGUCCGAGUACAAGAUUUUAUGUCGUCUAGGUUUGAUUCGGAAGUGAUUGGAGCUCCGUUGAAGCUCUGCGUUUUGUCUGCUUCCUCGCUCUUGUUCUCUGUGUGCUCUGUUAUCCGCUGCUGCAUGCUCCUCUGUUCUUCAAGGCAGAGCUUGAAUCUGGUGAACCCAACGGCUUCGAUGCGUUUGAGACCCAAAAGGACUUGUUCUGGAGUUGAGUGUUUCGGAGGCUUUCACAAUAUAAGAUUCUCACACCUUUUCAUAUUUCUCAGAGGGGAUCUCACUUGAUAUUUGUUCUCUCUUCGUUGGGUUUUCGAUUUUUGUUCUCUCUCUCUCUCUCUCUCUCUCUCUCGAUUCUGUUUUGAUUUUCUUCGCAAUUUUCUGGGUAUUUUGAGGGGCUUUUGGUGGGGUUUUCCCGAAAUUUUUCUCCACCGUGCCUGAGCCUCGGAAUCAGCCGUCAAAUCAGACGACGAACAUGAACAAUCUCUGCAAAAAGAUGAAGCCGAAGCAAAAUCCCAUUCCGUCGAGAAAGCUUCGCAUAAUCUGUGACGACCCUUAUGCCACAGAUUCGUCUUCAAGCGAAGACGAAGGAGAGCGAAGAAUCGAAAGACCGCCGAGAAAGAUGAAGCGAAUCGUUCGUGAGCUCACUCUCCCUCUUUCUUCUGCCAUGUCUAAAUCCACUGAAACUGAAAGCUCGUUUCAGGAAAGCAAUAACGGAGUCCUCAAGACAUCCUCGAAGUUCGCAGAUGGUCAAGCCCAUAACAAGAAGAGGGUUUUGACCAAAACCCCAUCAACGAGAAGCUCGUCUUCUUCGAGAUUCAGAGGCGUUCGACAGAGAAAAUGGGGGAAAUGGGCUGCUGAAAUUCGCGAUCCAUUUAAAGGUGUUCGUAUCUGGCUUGGUACUUACAACACCGCACAGGAAGCUUCUCAAGCCUAUGAAACGAAGAAGAUGGAGUUCGAAGCCAUGGCUAAGGCUAAGGCUGAGGCUCAGGCUCAAUCUGACAAGAGUCAUAUUGUUUCUUCUUCCUCAGCUCAAGUUGCUGCUUCUGUAUCAGAAGAUUCUGAGAGCGUCUUCUCUCAAACUUCACCUUCCUCUGUGCUUGAACUCGAUACCUCAACCUCCAAAUCCACUGAAGAUGCUAACAUCAUCAACAGCAGUUCAAGCAGAGAAGAAAACGAAGAACAUCAAGCAGCAGCAGCAGCAGCAGCAGCACCUGCUAUAGCUAUUGAGACUAACGAUUUUGAGAAUGAAUUUGCAGAACUCCAAAUCCCAGAUUUGAGCUUCCUGAGCGAGCCGCCAGUACAAGCACCACCUGCAUCAUCAUCUGCAAUACCAGAUGUUUCAGGCAUAAACCUCGGAUUCGAUGUGGACUGGGUAAUGGUCGACGAUUUUGGUCAGGGUUUGAAUGAUCCUUUUGGGUUGGACGACAUGCAGAUUUGUGGGUUUGAUGACGAUGACAACAAUGCCAGUGAGCUGCCUGAUUUCGAUUUUGAUCUGUUUGUUGAUGAGUUUGCUGGCUGGACUGAGGAGCCCCUCAAUAUUACCUUGCGUAUAAAUUUUGCGGCUAGCUUCAACAAAACAACAGCAGCAUAGGAAUGAGAAAGCAUAAUUAUUACUCGUAUUUAGUAAUUUAGCAGUGUACUAAGUUCAGUUUUGUGAUCUUCAAGACUAUGUUUUUGGUCUGCAAGAAUGUCGAUUCUUGUGAGAGUGGGUUUUUGUUGUGCGUGAUGAGGUCCUAGGUUGUAUCGUUGAUGCAUAUUGAUGAGUGGUAGAAGAUGAUGAAGAAUCCUUUGGGUUUUCCUGAGCUAUUAGAGCCGUCCAAGGGUACUUCUAAUCAUCUCUUAAUUUAUAAUGGACUUGUGUUCAUGUUC